CCGCUGCCGCUAUCUCCUCCAGCACACGGAUUGCUACGCGGGUGCAAAAUGGAUUACAGCGACCCUCCCCGGGCUCCUCCACAGGCGGGCAAUGCCGCGAACUGGUCCGUGCCCGCGGAUUAUCCAAAGGAACCUGAAGAUCCUACUCACACAUUUAAAGUCAAAAAUCAAGAAAAAACGUAAGUUUGGUGGCUGCGAGUGGCCCGGGCCGACGACGUGAGGCGCGGGGCGGCGGUCAAUGUUAUUUGAGCGGGGGCCGCGGGCCUCGGCGAUCGCAGAGCAGAGGAUGCAGAAAGCCGCCUACUACGACAACGCGGGGCUCUUCGGGGGCUACAGCUACAGCAAGGCCGACGCCUACCCCUACGGCGCGGCCCACCAGCCCUACGGCCAGGCCGGCUUGGACGGCGAGUACCCCGGCUCCGCCUGCUCCGUCCAGGGCUCUGCGCCCGGCCGAGCUCCGGCCCACAAGGGCAGCGAGCUGAGCGGGAGCUGCAUGCGGCCGGGCGGGGGCGGCCCCGGGGGCAGUCAGCCCCCCGGGAUCGGCGAGCAUCAGCCCCCAGCCCUGCCGCCCUCCUCCCCGCCCAACCCACCUCCCAGUGUGCCCCCUCCGAAAAAAGCCAAGGGGGGCCCCAACUCCUCGGGCUCGGCCAGCGCCACCCUCAGCAAGCAGAUAUUUCCUUGGAUGAAGGAGUCCCGGCAGAACUCCAAGCAGAAAAGCACCUGCGCCCCCCCAGGAGAGAGCUGCGAGGACAAGAGCCCCCCCGGGCCGGCCUCCAAGAGGGUGCGCACAGCCUACACCAGCGCGCAGCUGGUGGAGCUGGAGAAGGAGUUUCACUUCAAUCGCUACCUGUGCCGGCCGCGCCGCGUGGAGAUGGCCAACCUACUCAACCUGACCGAGCGGCAGAUCAAGAUCUGGUUCCAGAACCGCCGGAUGAAGUACAAGAAGGACCAAAAAGCCAAAGGCAUCAUGCACUCCCCCGUCGGACAGUCCCCGGACCGCAGCCCCCCUCUUAGCGGCCCAAACCACGUCGGCUACUCCAGCCAGCUCCCCGGCGUCAACAGCCUCAGCUACGACGCGCCCUCGCCCACCUCCUUCGCCAAGUCCCAGCAGAGCAUGUACGGGCUGGCCGCCUACACGGCGCCGCUGAGCAGCUGCCUGCCGCAGCAGAAGCGCUACGCGGGCGCGGAGUACGACCCCCACCCCAUGCAGAGCGGCGGCGGCGGCUUCGCUAACCCCAGCCUGCAGGGCAGCCCCGUCUACGUGGGGGGCAACUUCGUGGACUCGAUGCCGGCCUCAGGCCCCAUGUUCAACCUGGGGCACCUGCAGCACCCCUCCUCCGCCAGCGUGGACUACAGCUGCGCCGCCCAGAUCCCCGGCGGCCACCACCACGGACCUUGCGACCCCCACCCUACCUACACGGACCUUUCCUCUCACCACACCUCUCAGGGACGGAUGCAGGAGGCGCCCAAGCUCACGCAUCUGUAGCGGGGCGGCGGCCAGCGGGCCCCGCUCCCCUCUCCAUUACCUCACUUUUCUGACGGGACAGUGUUACUGUGCUCUCUAGUGCCAACAGUAUCAGUGGAUUUGUCUCCCUUAGCAGCUCCCUUCUUUCUUCCGCAGCCCCGAGUAGGUCCGUGAGCAGGAGUCUUUCUCUUAGAGCUGUUUUAAGCAUGACAGUGCAAUAUACUGCCAACCGAGGGACUGAUAAGCUGGUAAUGAUGUACUUGAAGGUAAGUCUUAGAGAUGCUGUAGUGUUAGCAGCGCGUCAUGCUGAGGUGUUUUAGACCAGUCGUGAGCCGUCGG